CCUCCCGCAGACCCCGACCUACCUACCUCGCUCGCUCGCUCGCGUCCCCACCCCACCCCACCGCACGCAUCUCGCGCGUCCCGUCCCUGGCUAGCCUGUUUCUUGGGACUUGGUGGCCGGUGGAUGCGCCAGCCCUCCUCCCUUCCGCGCAUCAGGUGAUUCGCAUCGCCGCCAGGAUCCAGUUCGCGAGCAAUGUCGGCGGCGGUGGCGCCACCGCUGUGCACCUGGAUCGUCGCCGCAUGCUUGUCUGCGACCUGCGGCGCGGACGACAAGGACAAGAAGCGCUGCUACGGCGGCGGCGGUGGCGGCGGGAGCGGCCUUUUUGGCACGCGCCGCCACCUAGCUGCGCGCCGCCGAGGCGGGGCACGCUCUGGAAUGCCCAUUGCUGCUUCUUUGCAUCCUGAAAGAGGACCUGUGGAAAAUAAGAAGUCUGAUACCAAACAACGGAGGGUGGUUGUUACGGGUAUGGGUGUUGUGACUCCAUUAGGCCAUGAGCCUGACGAGUUUUACAACAACCUUCUACAGGGUGUCAGUGGAAUAAGUGAGAUAGAAGCAUUUGACUGCUCCAGCUAUCCCACGAGAAUUGCUGGAGAAAUCAAAUCUUUUUCAACAGAUGGUUGGGUUGCCCCAAAGUUAGCUAAGCGAAUGGAUAAGUUCAUGCAAUAUUUGAUAGUUGCUGGUAAGAAAGCCUUGGAAAAUGGUGGAAUCACUGAAGAUAUCAUGAACGAGUUGGACAAAUCGAGAUGUGGAGUUCUAAUUGGAUCUGCUAUGGGUGGCAUGAAGGUUUUUAGUGACGCAAUUGAAGCAUUGAGGGUUUCUUACAGGAAGAUGAACCCAUUUUGUGUACCUUUUGCAACUACAAACAUGGGUUCUGCAAUACUUGCGAUGGAUCUGGGUUGGAUGGGUCCAAACUACUCUAUAUCUACUGCUUGCGCCACUAGUAACUUCUGCAUUCUGAAUGCAGCCAAUCAUAUCAUAAGAGGAGAAGCUGAGUUGAUGCUGUGUGGUGGCUCUGAUGCACCAAUUAUACCAAUUGGAUUGGGAGGUUUUGUGGCCUGUAGAGCUCUUUCACAGAGAAAUAAUGACCCAACAAAAGCUUCUCGGCCUUGGGAUGUGGAUCGUGAUGGGUUUGUCAUGGGAGAAGGGGCUGGCGUGCUUCUUUUGGAAGAACUUGAGCAUGCAAAGCAAAGAGGUGCAGAAAUAUAUGCCGAAUUUCUGGGUGGAAGCUUUACAUGUGAUGCAUAUCAUAUGACAGAGCCACAUCCUGAAGGUGAACAAUCUGCUUUAGCCUCGGAAGGGGUUAUUCUUUGUGUUGAGAAUGCACUAGCUGAUGCAGGAGUAACAAAAGAAGACAUUAAUUAUGUUAAUGCCCAUGCUACAUCUACACAGAUGGGUGAUUUGAAGGAAUUUGAAGCUCUUGCCCGUUGUUUUGGCCAGAAUCCUCAGCUAAGAGUAAACUCAACAAAGUCAAUGACUGGCCACUUGCUAGGAGCUGCAGGUGGAAUAGAAGCUGUAGCUGCUAUACAAGCUAUAAGAACUGGUUGGAUCCAUCCAAAUAUCAAUCUAGACAAUCCGGAGAAAAAUGUGGAUGUUAGCUUGCUGGUGGGAUCACAAAAGGAGAGAUGUGAUGUGAAAGUGGCACUGUCGAAUUCAUUUGGAUUUGGUGGGCACAAUUCAUCAAUUUUAUUUGCGCCCUUCAAGUAACCUCGGUUGGUGUGCUAGCUUAUGGUAUGACUGCCCGGCGGAAAUUGUCAACCAAACUCAACAACAUUUCUCAAGCCACAAACAUGAAAUGGAAAUCCAACUUUCGUAGAGUAUAUUGCUGCAUAGUUGAGCAAAGAUAGCAAUUGAGUUUCUUUUGUAUUGCAAAAGCAAAUAUAUCCAAUGCAAGGGUACCCAUUCAGAAGUUAAUCCAGACAUGCCUCUUUGGCCCAUACUAUUUUUGUACCAGAUGUUAUUGGAUUUGUCCUAUAGCAAUGUUACUGGGGACGGUUAUUUUGGUCUCCUGUUCACCAGACAGA